UGUGAUUCCAUAACCAUAUGAGCCCAAAGCAAGUGGCUCUCAUGGCUGUUCAAAGUGAUUUUGUUGGCUAUUGUUGUCUAUAGCGCAAAAUAAUGUAAUAGGCUAUUAAAAGGUAACAACAACAAAAACUGAUCCAUGUUUACAUCUUAUUUGUCUUUAAGCUGGAGUGUGUACAUAUUAAUUGUGCAUGUUAGGUCAAAUGAACUUCUGUAAUGACAUGUGGUCACUCAAAUCAAAAUAAAUGUGUAACCACAUGGCCCUUUAAAGAAGUGACAACACCAACAGCUGCUGAUGCAUUAUACAGUGUUCAUAGGUGUUGAAUCGUCCCACAAGCUGUCAUUGUGGAGACCGUUCCACAUGAUACAACCCUGGUGCAAAUCUACAGUUAUACGCCACGCACUUGUCUCUAGUUUGUCUCUCUACUGCAUGUAAUAUGUGAUUUCUAAAUGUACCUCAUACAUGUUACUUCACAGCUAUGCCCCCCUUUAUCCUGCCCUUGGUUAUCAUCAUCAGCCUCAGUUUGGCUGCAGUCAUCAUCAGCGGUGUGAUAUUCAUCUGUUAUGUAAAGCUCAAAACAAAGUGGAGGGACACAGUUGCCAAAUGUCCAAAUCCCAAACUUGGUGUUAUUCAUCCAAGCGAGCCAAAGGUCUUGGAGCCUGGAACAAUCGUCGUCUCCCCUGCCUGUGUUGAGCUCCUUGUCCCAGAUGACAGUAAACUAUGGUCGAAGGGGUCACUGGGAGACACUAGCAGUGGAAGCCUUCAGCAAAGCAGUGGAAUCAGUACUGGCUCUUCUUGUCUCAGUUAUGCUAAUACAGAACCUGCUGACAUUAUAGCCUGUGUUGACGAUGCCCUUAAGAAAGUCUUUCCCAAUAUCGCCCCGUUCUCACCUUUGACCACCAAAGACAGUGGUUUACUCUCCUCUCCAUACAACCCUUGUGGUGUCCGAGCUGAUGACAUGAGUUGUUGGUCAUCCAGCUUUCACAACAAAACCUAUUCCAUCCUCAUUCCCAGCUGCCCACAUCAGAUUCUGACGGACAGCUCUGAGGUCCAGACGCCGGCUGAAAUGCUUUGUGACUCUGCAUACCGUCCUAGUGCGGGUGACAUUGUGACCUGUGUUAACCCACAGGCACCAACUUGUCCGCUUGUUAAUUCACUACCAGGGGUUCCAUCUAUUAUGCCAAUGGACAUGUCAUAUCAGCAGCGCAAUGCAGAUUCUGGGGCAUUUUCAUAUGCAGAAGACUCCAGUUUGUCCGCCGUCUCUAGCGGCACCAACACAAUUGGGUCAUGUGAUCCUGUGUCCAGAGUUGAGGUCAAUUGUGAGAGCUCUGAGGAGGCGGUUCGUGGUGCGACAAAGCAACAUGGAAUAACUGAAGGGGCAGCUAGGUGUGAUGAAAACCCCUGCUACGGCUGCGUGCCUGCAGGUUCAUGCAGCUUUCCUCCAGUGGAUGACGACUACCAGCCAUUUCAGAAUCUGGUGAAGCAGCCUGAUGUUUUCUUUUCCGAGGAGAGAAGGGAUGAGAAAGAGGAACAUUUGAACAGGUAUACAGAGGAAUUAUUGACCAAGUUGGCUCAAAGCUUCCCAUGUUUCAUUAACAAUGUCCAGGGAGGCCAGUGUCUCUCUGAGCUCCAAAAACCUUUUCUCUGUUUGAUCCCUGCAGACCAGACUAGGCCAUUAACCUCAGACAGCGGCUAUCAGAGUGUGUAGGGCUGAAUUUUUAUGCAUUCAUUUUUUGUGUGUCAUUUUUGCUUUUUUAAUUACUGAGAAACAUUGCUGAGAAAUGUAGAUGAUGAGAGUGAGGUAGAGGCGGAUGUAACAGACAGUGAAUGGUGUUCCUACGCUUUAAAUCAUACCUUUGUCAUACGAUACCUUUGUCAUGGAUAUCUGCACAUGAAGAGCAUGUGAUACGACGAAAGCUCCACAACAGUUAACAAAUGGACUUUGAGUUGACAUUAGUUUCUCAACUGUGACAUGACUGUUAAAGUGUAUGACUGCCUAUGAUGUGAAAAGAAUCCCUGAAGUUUGUACAUAAAAAUAUUCACGUAAAAUUUCUGUCAUCAACAGAAUGCACUUGUUUUGAGUUUUUAAUGUGUGCUUGCUCCAGUGCUUGAACAAAACAGAUACAGUCACUCGCAUGUCCGUAACUCACAUGUCAUAUUCAACUAUGUUAUGUGUAAGGUCAAAUGUGUUCCCUAAAUGUUGAAUAAAGCAAAGAGGACUGUGUCGCUGUAAA